UUUUUCUCGUGCCUAUUUGCUUUCUUACGAGCUAAUAUAUUUUCCAUAAAAAUAUAUACUAACCAAAAAAGAACGGAAGAAGAAUAAACGGAACGUGGAAAAAGCAAAAAAAAUAACGAAAAAAACAUUUAUGGGCAUGGAUAUUUCCGCAGGAAUAUAUGAAAGGGGUUUGUAUUUGUCAUAAAAUUACUGACGUGUUGAUAUUUUGGCUAUAUUCCGGACCGGAAGUAGAUGCAACAGAGAAAGAGUGAUGUAAUUUGCUUUUGCAUUGAAAAAAAUGGGAGAGAAGAAUUUUUUGCUUUAAAUAAUUGGAUAAAUGGAUAUGUAUAUGUAAAGUGCAAGCAAAAAAUAAUUAUGAUGAUUUGGUUGUGUGUUUUGUGGUUGACAGCUUUUUAGCAAAUUAAUAUAUAAAAACAUAAUUCGUAAUAAAACCAAAAAAAUUUUGAAGAUGUUAAAACAUGUAUGUAAUAGGGUAGUGCCGCCGAAAGUUAUUUUAAAAAGCGACCAAAAAAGGCGAAAGGCGAAACUCGCAGACCCACGAUAUGUAAUGAAGACAUUAAGUAACUUAAAAUAAUUAUGUAUUAAUCGGAUACGGUUUCAUUAAAAUUCAGAAAGCAGAAAUUAAAUCAGAAAAAAUAUAUAGAAAGAACAGUCUAAGAAGGGUCAAAAAUCGAAUCCUCUGAAAUAAAAUUGUCGAAAAUGUUAAAAAAAUCAUACUCUGUUUACCAUCA